AUGAAGUUCCCACGCUGUUAUUUCCCAGAUGAUUCUCCUACAGAAAAAAAUCUUCACAUUUUCUGCGACGCAAGUGUGAAAGCAUACGGCGCAUGCGCGUACCUUGUUUCUGGAAGUCACAGCACACUUGUUAUGGCCAAGAACAGAGUAGCACCCAUUAAGCAGUUAACCAUCCCGAAACUCGAGCUUUGUGCAGCUGUCCUGGGAGCCAGACUGUGCCACCAUAUUAUCACCAGUAUAGAGUGUCAGAGAGUUUACCUGUGGAGCGACAGUCAGAUUGCUCUACAGUGGAUUUCAACAUCAAAGAAGCAACCCAUAUUUGUAUCCAACAGAGUACAAGAAAUACAUGAACUGACGAAAACAUACGAGUGGAGAUACUGCUCUACAGAUACCAAUCCCGCAGAUAUACUGUCACGUGGUCUAUCAUAUGACAAGUUCCAUGACAACAGAUUAUGGUUCCAUGGUCCAGAUUGGCUGACAAACACAGCCAGUUUUCCAGUGAAGAGUACCAUAUCACAGAUACACGUAAAUGAUAACAGCCAAGGUGAAGAUACUAUCGUCCUUGUAAAAGAAACCCCAUUCGUUCCGGGUAUUCUACACAUAUUAGACUUACAGAGAUUCAGCUCCUACCAAAAGGUUCUAAGAGUGUGUGCAUACAUUUUUCGAUUUGUAGACCAGUGUAAGAAGCAGAAGAAAUAUGGCGGAGAUCUACAUCCACAUGAACUCGACACAGCAGCAAGGGCCUUAAUAAAACAUACACAGUACGUGAGGUUUCCAGAUGUAUUAGAUUACAUGAAGAAGACCAAUUCUAGAUGCAUUAAACCUGCAUUAGUGCGACAACUAGACCUGUACCUUGACAUAGACAAAAUACUACGCUGUGGAGGACGUAUUGCCAACGCACCAUUACCUGAGGAAACACGAUUCCCGUAUCUGAUACCAUCUAGAGGAAAACUUACUGAGUUGUUAGUUACAGACGCUCACGAAACACAACUUCACGCAGGCUUAGAGAGUACAGUCACAUACUUACGUCAACGUUUUUGGAUUCCCAGUAUACGUCAACGUGUGAGAACCAUCAUCCGCACGUGCGUCACGUGCCGUAAAUUGACGGCAAAGCCUUACAGAGUACCAGAUCCACCCCCUCUACCCAGUGACAGACUCAAACACGCACCUCCGUUUACCGUAACCGGCAUUGAUUUCACAGGAGCACUUACCGUGAAAGCUACAGACGGAAGAUUGCUGAAAGUAUACAUCUGCCUGUUUACCUGCGCAAACACUCGAGCCGUACACCUGGAAAUAGUCACGGAUAUGAAGACAGAAUCUUUUAUACUAGCUGUUCGCAGAUUUAUCAGCAGGCAAUCCACACCAAAAGUAUUCAUGUCCGACAACGCAUUGACAUUUAUAGCUACGGCCAAGAUUAUGAAAGAAGAAGUUUUGAACCCACAUGGCAUUACCUGGAAGUUCAUCCCUCAACACGCUCCGUGGUAUGGCGGUUGGUGGGAACGACUCAUUGGACUCACCAAGACCAGUCUGAAGAAAGUCCUUAGAAACCCUACAGACGCUCAUUACCGAAGUCGAGUGUAUAAUUAA